ACUCUCUUCUCAUAAACUUGCCGGAGGUGAAAGAGCUCCACACCAGAUCAUGGUUUCUCUUCCUCCUAUAAUUCCCACAUUGAAAUCAUUCAUCUUUUUCAUGAAGAACACUGUCGUUGAUUUCACUCUCUUCUCACUUUUGUUCAUUGGUUUACUCUACAUCUUCAUCUUCAUUCCCUCCACCAACAAGUCUUCCCUUCCCUCCCCAAAGUCUCAAUCUCAUCCCUCAAUCAUGUUCAACAUGACAAUCUACAAAGAUGAUCUUGACCAAGUUUUAGCCGAGACUUCGACGAAAAACAAGACUGUAAUAAUUGCCAUUAUCAACGAGGCCUAUGUGGAAGGUGACAAGUCUAUGUUCGAUCUGUUCUUGGAUAGUUUUUGGCUCGGAGAUGAUUCUAGGGCCUUGAGAGAUCACCUUUUGAUUGUGGCUGUCGAUCAGACAUCCCAUGAUCGGUGCAAGUUUCUCCAGCUUCAUUGCUACAAGCUUGAAACGGAUGGUGUAGAUUUUGAGGGUGAGAAGCUGUACAUGUCUGAUGAGUUCAUCAAGAUGAUGUGGAGAAGAACUCUAUUUCUUGGAGACGUACUUAAACGGGGCUACAACUUCAUCUUCACGGACACCGAUGUAAUGUGGCUCAGGAAUCCGUUUUCAAUACUGGUUCUAAAUGAAACGAUCGACCUCCAAAUCAGUGUCGAUCAUUUCAAUGGUGACCAGUGGUCCGAAGCCAACAACAUCAAUACCGGUGUCUACAUGAUCAGAUCGAACAAUAAGACCAUUGCAUUGUUUGAUGAAUGGUAUUCGAGAAAAGACAAUUCCACUGGAAUGAAAGAACAAGAUGUCCUUGAGAAGAUGAUGCACGAAGGCGUGUUUAGAGGUUUGAGGCUUGGGGUAAAGUUCUUGGAUACCCUAUAUUUUAGUGGGUUUUGUCAAAGCAGUAACGAUGUUCGGGUUGUGGUGACAGUCCACUCUAAUUGUUGUAGGAGUAUUAGUGCCAAGGUGGCUGAUCUGACGGCAGUUAUUCAUGAUUGGAAGAGGUUCAAGAGAUCCUCCAGUAACGAGACCUUGAUGUUUGAAUGGUCCAAGCACACAGCCUGUGAACAUUCUUGGUGACAUUGAGGGAGACUUUAGAAUAUUGUAGGUAAGUCUACAUAUAUAGAUUGAAACUAAACCCCCCUCCCCCCAAAACACACACACACACACCCACACAAAAAAAAAAGAAUGUAUGUAUUAAUACUAUAAAAAUCACUAGAGAUAUCAUCGUACCCAAGUUUAUAGUUUUGACUAUUUUUUUAUGA